GCGGACUGGCUGUGGCGCCGCGGGGAGACCGCGAGCUGCGGCCCCGGAUGCCCUCUUCGGUGAAGGCUCUGGGUUAGGCCAGGUCCUCUGGCUCCAGCAUGGCCCUGGAAGCCUGCUGCUGCUCCACUGCCGCCCUGCAGAGGAGGCUGCCCAUCCUGGCAUGGCUGCCCAGCUACUCCGGGCAGUGGCUGAAGAUGGACUUCAUUGCUGGACUCUCAGUUGGGCUCACGGUCAUUCCCCAGGCAUUGGCCUAUGCUGAAGUGGCUGGACUUCCACCCCAGUACGGCCUCUACUCUGCCUUCAUGGGCUGCUUUGUGUACUUCUUCCUGGGCACCUCCCGGGAUGUGACUCUGGGCCCCACAGCCAUCAUGUCCCUCCUGGUCUCCUUCUACACCUUCCACGAGCCGGCCUAUGCUGUGCUGCUGGCCUUUUUGUCGGGCUGUAUCCAGCUGGCCAUGGGGUUCCUGUGUUUGGGGUUCCUGCUGGACUUUAUCUCCUGCCCUGUCAUUAAAGGCUUCACCUCUGCUGCUACCAUCAUCAUUGGCUUCGGACAGAUCAAGAACCUCCUGGGACUACAGAACAUCCCCAGGCAGUUUUUCCUGCAGGUGUAUCACACCUUCCUCAAUAUCGGAGAGACCAGGGUGGGCGAUGCCAUCCUGGGGUUGGUCUGCAUGGUGCUGCUGCUGGUGCUGAAGCUGAUGCGAGACCACAUGCCCCCCGUCCAUCCUGAGAUGCCCCCCGGUGUGCGGUUCAGCCGUUGGCUGGUUUGGACUGCCACAACAGCUCGAAAUGCCCUGGUGGUCUCCUUUGCAGCCCUGGUUGCAUAUUCCUUCGAGGUGACCGGAUACCAGCCUUUCAUUCUAACUGGGGAGACGGCUGAGGGUCUCCCUCCAGUCCGGACUCCUCCCUUCUCAGUGACCACUGCCAACAGGACCAUCUCCUUCACCGAGAUGGUGCAGGACAUGGGGGCUGGGCUGGCUGUGGUGCCCUUGGUGGGCCUCCUGGAGAGCAUCGCGGUGGCGAAGGCCUUUGCGUCUCAAAAUAAUUACCGCAUCAACGCCAACCAGGAGCUGCUGGCCAUCGGCUUCACCAACAUGCUGGGCUCCCUCGUGUCCUCGUAUCCGGUCACAGGCAGCUUUGGACGGACAGCCGUGAAUGCCCAGUCUGGGGUGUGCACCCCGGCAGGGGGCCUUGUGACGGGCGUGCUGGUGCUGCUGUCUCUGGGCUACCUGACCUCACUCUUCUACUACAUCCCCAAGUCUGCCCUGGCUGCCGUCAUCAUCAUGGCUGUGGCUCCCCUGUUUGACAUCAAGGUCUUCAGGACGCUGUGGCGCGUUAAGAGGCUGGACCUGCUGCCCCUGUGCGUGACGUUCCUGCUGUGCUUCUGGGAGGUCCAGUAUGGCAUCCUGGCCGGGACCCUGGUGUCUGUGCUCAUCCUCCUGCACUCCGUGGCCAGGCCCAAGACCCAGAUGUCGGAGGGGCCGGUCCUCAUUGUGCAGCCGGCCAGUGGCCUACACUUCCCUGCGAUCGAGGCCCUGCGGGAGACGAUACUGAGCCGGGCCCUGGAAGCAUCGCCCCCGCACUGUGCGAUCCUGGACUGCACCCAUGUCUGCAGCAUCGACUACACCGUGGUGCUGGGGCUCGGUGAGCUCCUCCAGGACUUCCACAGGCAGGGUGCCACCCUGGCCUUCGUGGGCCUGCAGGUCCCUGUUCUCCGUGUCCUGCUAUCUGCUGACCUGAAGGAGUUCCAGUAUUUCUCCACUCUGGAAGAAGCAGAGAAGUACCUGAGGCAAGAACCAGGGACGCAGCCCUACAACAUCAGUGAAGACUCUGUUCCAGAACACAAGGUUGCCCUGUUGAAGGCCUAAUGGAGCCACUGCUGGGCAUCCAGUAUUUGAAGAAUGUUCCUGAAGGUUCCUGUCACUGUGAUUUGUUGCUGGAUGCCACGUGAGACACACGCUGGCCUGAGGAACUGAGCGAGGCCUAAGCAGGUGACCACGGGGGCAGAGAAGGAAGCUAUACGCGGAGAUCCAUGGUUGGUUUCCUUUAGAAUGAUUGAAAAAUCGCCUCCCUGCUCUUCCUUGGCGUGAAGCCUUUUGCAUGAGUGGUCUGAGAGAGCCUUCUAGAAUGACAGACCACGUGAGAAAGGGAGGAGAGGCGUCCUCGUGUCCAGAGCACCCUCCUGGAUACUGGAGCUCCACCUUUGCACCAGGCACUGCAGGGAGAAGUGGAGCGAGGCUGGGCAUCCGGAGGGGUCCGAUGGUGAUGGCAGCAUCUGUGCUGUUGUUGGAGAGGAAACCAAGGUGUGCCAAGUGACUUAAAGUCUCUAUUUAAAAAUAAAAAAUAUUGUGUUUUUUAAAUUACAAAAGGAA